AAAGAUCAAUUAGAAAAUAAAAGUUUACGCGUUUAGAUUAAUUUAAUUGAAAAGACGAAUAAGUGCCAAAAUUUUCCAAGAAUAAUCUGUCUAUUCCUUUUUAAAAGCCUCUUCUUAUUUCUUUUCAAAGCAAAUUUAGCUACCAUUCCCUUUAUUUUAUUUUAUAUAAUAUUCUUUGAUUUAAAAUAAAAAUUAAAACUUUUCAAACGUAUUACCUAAAAUAAAUUCUUAAGUAUUAAAUUAUUUUUAAUUAUAAUAAAAUAAUAUUUUUGAACGAAUUAAAAAAAAAUAUUACGCUAAAUAAAACGAAAGAAUAUUUUAUUUUGACAAAUGUCAAAAAAAGAAGAAGAAGAAGCAUUUAUUCCCAAAUUUAAGGGAGAGAAGAGUAGAAGAAUUAUAUUAAUUAAGAAAACAAUAAAAUAGAGAAAACAAAGAAAGAAGAUGUAGCAUAAGAGAUAUCAAAAAAAUAAAAUAAAAAAAAAACUAAACCAAUCUUUGUCAAUCUUGAAUUACCCAAUUUCUUUCGGAAUUUUCACUCAGAUUUCCAUUUCAAUUCCAACCCAUUUUCAGACAUUUUCCCAAGUACCCUUUACUGUAUAUAUACAUAUAUAUAAUAAAGGGGUACCCUAUCUUUCAGAUUUCUUCUUCAUUUACUGGAAGAAUAUUUUUACCUAACUUGUUGGCAGAAAUUCAAAAAUAUUGAAAGAUAUGCAGAGUCAGUUGACGUGCAGUGGUUGUAGGACGGUUCUUCUUUAUCCCAGAGGAGCUUCUAAUGUCUGUUGUGCAGUGUGCAAUUCACUCACCCCUGUCCCGCCUCCUGGAAUGGAAAUGGCUCAACUGAUAUGUGGAGGCUGCCGUACAUUACUUAUGCAUCCACGUGGGGCGACCAGUGUGAGAUGCUCCUGUUGUCAUACGAUGAACCUUGUCCCAGGUCCUAACCAGUUUGCUCAUGUCUACUGCGGGAACUGCCGUAUGAUGCUGAUGUAUCCAUGUGGAGCUCCUUCGGUUAAAUGUGCAGUAUGCCAUUAUAUUACCAAUGUUAAUGCAGGAGAUGGAAGAGCUCAUGCACCUUUGCCCCCUCCUAAUGGCACUGUUACAGCUGCUUCAGCAUCCUCUUCAACUGCCAAGGCUCGUUCGCAAAAUCAAACUGUUGUUGUCCAAAACCCAAUGUCUGUUGAUGAGAGUGGCAAGUUGGUGAGCAAUGUAGUUGUCGGUGUAACAACAACAUCAUAGCUUGUCAGUUAAAUUUGUUGUUCGUGGACGACAGUUUGAGAGUUUUGCUUGCAUCAAUUGGAAAGAUGAGUAUAAAGACAGCCGCUGCAUAUAAAAUAUGGUAGUGUUUAGUGUUAAUACUACAGCCAUAUCCCUAUUUUUUUGUGUAACAUUUUGAAUAUGAUUUGGGAGUGAUUGAUUCUACACCAAGUGUGCUGACUAUUUUGGAGUCUGUAAUUGAUAACUACGCAUUAGAUUUGUGGCGUGAAUAUGCCCAAAGUCAUAACUAAAGAAUGAUAUUAUGUACCUUAUAUGCCAUAUGUUUAUGUAUAUCACCAUAUACGAUGAAA